UUUAAGAAUAUGAGAUUAAGUAUAAUAAGUGCUAUGUUUUCUUCGUCCCAAUCUUAAGUGUUAAUAAAUAGAGUGGGAUCAGCAUUGAAUAUAAAAUUGAAUAGACCAAAUUAAUUGAAUGCUUUAAACUUACCUAUGAUUGCUGAAUUGAAUUAAAUUUUAGAUAAUGCAAAUUCAGCUACUUGCAUAAUUUUAAGUGGAGAAGGAGGCAAAGCAUUUUGUGCUGGUGGUGAUAUAAAGACAUUAUAUUUUGCAAAAACAUAGCCUUCAGAAUAAAACCCUCCGAGUGCAUUAAAAUAGUUCUUUUUUGAUGAAUAUAAAUUGGAUUAUAGAUUGGCAACAUUAAAACCAGUUCUAAUAGCAUUAAUGGAUGGAAUAGUAAUGGGAGGAGGAGUAGGCAUGUCAAUUCAUGCACCUGUAAGAAUUGCAACUGAAAAGAGUGUAUUUGCUAUGCCUGAAGCUAAAUUGGGAUUGUUUACAGAUGUAGGAGGAGGAUACUUUCUAUCUAGAUUACCACAUAGAUUAGGUUAUUAUUUAGGUUUGAGUGGAUUUAGAUUGAAAGGUGCUGAUUUAGUUCAUGCUGGUUUAGCUGAUUACUAUGUUUAAUCAUCUGAAUUGUAAAAUUUGAUUUCUAAGAUUGGAACUGUAUAAAGUCAGAACUUAAAUGAUGUAAAGAAUAUUGUUAAACAAUUUUAACCAAAUCAAGUAUAAUAAAAUAUAAAAAUUCUUUAUAGAUACCUGAUUUUACUAUUAAAUAACAAUUAUCAAAUAUUGAGCCUGGAUAUUCAGGUGAAACUUUAGAAUAGAUAUUUAACAAUCUUUAGAAUCAUCAAAAUUAAAAGUUUGGAUAAGAUAAUUUAAAGAUUUUGAAAGAACAAUGUCCCCUCUCAUUAAGAAUCAUAUUUGAAUAAAUCAAGAGAGGUUAAAAACUUGAUCUUAGAGAAAAUUUAAAAAUGGAUUAUCGUAUAGUAAGAAGGUAAACUAAAUAUUAAAAAUAUUAAAGGAUUAUGUAAGGAUCUGACUUUUUUGAAGGAGUGAAAUAGGUGUUAGUUGACAAAAAUCAUGUGCCAACAUGGUAAUUUAAGGAUGCUUUAUCCAUUCCUUAAUCUGAAGUUGAUAAAUAUUUCGCAGUCCUCUAAAAUGAAGAAGAAUUAGAUAUUUGAGAU